UGAUAAUCGUCGACAAUUUAAUUAUAUAGACUGUGUGACAAAAGAAUUACGAAGCAGAUCAUUUAGAGAUAUGCCUCCAAGUGAUAUAGCCAAUACAAUUGGUUAUAAACUAAAUAAUAAUGCAAAAAAACUUGAAAUGAAUACAAAUACAUUUCCUGAAUCGAGAAAUACUAAUACAUUGAUGAAUCAAAAUUCAAAUAAUUCAAUACAAUCAAAACCUUCCAUAAUGGCCUACAACAAUGUUUACGUUAAUCCAUAUUUCAAACCACAAAAUCCUGUGGUACAUAUCAAUCCAAAUAUGCAUAUAAAACCAUUAAUACAUGUUAACCCUAAAAUGGUUCAAAAUGUUACUACUAGUACAAAUAAUAAUACAAUUAACAAUACUUCAACUACCAUGAAUUAUCCUCAAGAAAAUUUAACUCAAAUGGAUUUAAAAAAAUUAAAACUACAUGCUGCUGGUGUUGUUGCUGCUGCUACUGCUAAACUACCAUCAAUACACGUAAAUCCAAAAAUAAUGAACAGUAUUAACAAUUCAAAUGUAACUACAGAAAAUAAUUAUAAAUGUGAUGGUGUUACAUCGUCCAAUAAUAAAAAAUGUUUUAUUCGUACGGAUGUUAAAAAAUCUGUUUACGUAAAUCCAAAAUUAAUGUCGAAAUUAUCAUCAAGCAAGGAAUCCAAAACAACAACAAUUGAAAAGAAAGAUACAAUUCCUAAUUUGAAUCAACCAUCAUGUUCAAGAUUAAAAUUUGUUAGAAAAAUUGACAAUACAAAGACACCUGUUAAAAAACUUAAUAACAUGUCUAAUAUAUUAGUAUUGUCAAAAAGAAAAUUAAUAAGAGCUAAACGCACAAUGAAAGAAAAUACUGUAAUGUCUCCGUUAAAUGGUCCGAACAAAGUCAAAAGACCAUCUCUAACAAAGAAGAUUAAAACUACCACAGUACAAAGUACAAAUAAUGUAACAAACAAUAAUGCAUUACAAUCAACGAUUAACAAUGUUAACAAUUUAUCAAAGAUAAAUAAUGGUAAAAGAAAAAUCAAUCAAUACAAGAUUGAUAGAACUGUAAAAGCUUUAACUGAACCUAAUCAAAAUGAAGUUCCUCCAGUAAAAAAAUCUAAAUAUGAUUUGAUGGAAUUAGUUACAAUUGGAGGAAUAGUAUACAAAUCGUCGAGAAAUCAAUUAGUUCGAAGAAGUUACUCAUUAAAAAAAAAACUUACAGCAAAUACUAAACGUGAUAAAUUUAUAAUUGCGACCAAUGGUAAAAAACUUUGUAGACUCAAAUUAUCAUCCAAAGAUACACCGAACAAGAAAAAUGUUCAUCAAACGAAUGAUUUGAAAUUGUCCAGUGUGAGCAAUAAUUUCAAAACAACUUAUAAGAAAAAUAUUAGUAAUAAAGUUAAACAAAGGAGCAUACAAAUUUUGCGCAACAAAAUGCGAAAAAAUAAUCAACCGUGUUUGUUCUUCCAACGAUUUGGAUAUUGUGCCAAUGAAAAGAAGGGAACCUGUUCGAAACUUCAUGACAAAAAACAGAUCUCAGUUUGUAAAAAAUUUCUACAAGGAAAAUGCAUGUUGGAUUCAUGUCCACUUUCCCAUGACGUUGGACCAGAAAAAAUGCCAACCUGCAAAUAUUUUCUAGAAGCUUGUUGUUUAAGAGAUCAAUGUCCAUAUCGUCAUGUCAAAGUUUCAUCCAGUACACCCAUUUGCAUAGAAUUUCUUCAAGGGUAUUGUUCCAAGGGAAAUGAGUGUAAGCUGCAGCAUGAACAUCUUUGUCCCGAAUAUAGCAAGACAGGUAACUGCAAUAAAGGUAAGAAAUGUCCGUAUCCUCAUAAACCAAUAACAUCUACUGCCCGACAAAUUAAAAAAUAUAUCCAAAAGAAACCUAAGACAAUUAAUAAUCAAAAUGAAUCUAACAUUAAAAUGAAGAAUAACACAGAACAAUUGAUCAUGACGAAUCAUGAAUGUUGUAAAUUAAGAUAUUACGAGAAUACUGAUCAAAUUAGUACUGAUCUUAAUACUAAAAGAGAUAAUAUUAUUAAACAAAUACAACUUAUGAAAAAUGUUGCAUUAGCUGAACAAUCAGAUGAAGUAUCUGUAAAAGAGGAAUUAACAGCUAACAAUAAUGUUACUGAACAACAACAACAACAACAACAAUCAAGUAUAUCGGAAAAUGAAUCGACAAAUUGUUUAGAAAAUACAUUACCGAAAAGAUUGCCACUUGGUGUUUUACCAGCUUUUAUUCCUAUUAAUUAAAAAAAA